GUACUUGUUAGGCCCGCCGGUCGGCCGAUUUCUGAAAUAAUCCAGAAUACAUUUUGACACUCCUUAAGAGUACCCUUGAUUCCUAUGGUCUCAUCUCCCUCACCUCUUCCCUUUACUUUCCUGUUGUAAUCUAGUCGACGAUGGAGCUCUCGGUCUCCUAUCAGGUAAAGCUGCUCGGAUGUGGAGGCAAACAACAUGUAAGUUGGCAAUAUCCUCCAUGUUUAUUCUUUCCAAGCAAAAAGUCUGCAAAAUUCUUGUGGUGGCAGGGAAGGUAUCUUGGAAUAAGGCAUAGCUGCCAAAAGGUUGCAUCUUAUAGUAAACAAGAUAUUCCUAUUUUGGAAGCAAGGUCUAUUGAAGAGAUAUAUGAUGAUCUAGUUGAACGUGCACUUUCCAUCACGACAACUGUGAAUCAUUUCAAUAAAAAGUACAUCAUUGGUUUGGCUGGCCCUCCUGGUGCUGGCAAGAGCACUUUAGCUGCUGAAGUUGUUCAACGCCUGAACAUCAUUUCAUGCAAUAAAGAUGCAGUUACAGACUUUGCUGUGCGAAAUGAUUCAAUAGCCGCAGUUCUUCCAAUGGAUGGAUUCCAUCUUUAUAGAUCCCAACUGGAUGCUAUGGAGGAUCCAGAGGAAGCACAUGCAAGAAGAGGAGCACCUUGGACAUUCAAUCCAGAUCUCCUCCUGAAAUGCCUUUACUCUUUGAGGAGUAAGGGAUCAGUGUAUGCUCCUUCAUUCGAUCAUGGUGUUGGUGAUCCAGUGGAAAAUGAUAUCUUCAUUGGCCCUCUGCAUAAAAUAGUGAUUGUUGAAGGAAAUUAUUUAUUCCUAGAAGAAGGGGUCUGGAAAGAUAUAUGCUCCAUAUUUGAUGAGAAAUGGUUUAUUGACAUUGAUCUUGAUUCUUCUAUGGAAAGAGUUUUAAAGAGACAUAUUGCUACAGGAAAAGAGCCUGGUGUGGCAAAAUGGAGGGUUGAUUACAAUGACCGCCCAAAUGCAGAACUCAUUAUAAAAUCUAAGCAUAAGGCAGAUCUUAUAAUCAAGUCAGUGAACUUCCAAUGUUGAUGCUGAAAUGAGG